UUUUCUCUCUCUCUAUUAAUGGGGUUGUUUAAGGGUUGAGUGUUGGAAUCUUAUGGUGACAAGUGGGUAUUUAUUGGAAUUGGAAUUGGAGUUGACCUAAAUUUAUUGUCUCAUUUCGGAAACAAUACUUGUCUUAAACUGAGAGAUUUGUGAAGUGGGUAUUUUGAGUAAAGUAGGUGCAUUUUGGUGGAUCUGUACAAGUUUGUUGUUGGUGAAGCAGCUCAAUAAAGGAGUGUGUGUAUGUGGAUGAAUUAAGGGGGUUUGUGUUUGUAACAGUCGAGGGGGAGAUAUGGCAUGUAUGAAGUUGGGAUCCAAAACAGAUGCAUUCCAAAGAAAAGGCCAGGCCUGGUUCUGCACAACUGGCCUCCCAAGUGACAUUGUUGUUGAAGUUGGGGAAAUGACUUUCCAUCUCCACAAGUUCCCAUUGCUUUCUAGAAGUGGGGUUAUGGAAAAACGGAUUGCAGAAGCAUCUGAAGGAGAAGAUGGCUGUGUUAUUGAACUCAAUGACAUCCCUGGUGGUGCUAAAACAUUUGAACUAGUAGCAAAAUUUUGUUAUGGGGUUAAACUAGAGCUUACAGCAGGUAAUGCUGUAUACCUUCGCUGUGCCGCAGAGCAUCUUGAUAUGACUGAAGAAUAUGGGGAGGGGAAUCUGAUAUCACAGACUGAGAUUUUUCUGAAUCAGGUAGUUCUCCGUAGCUGGAAAGACUCUUUAAAGGCACUCCAAACCUGUGAUGAUGUUCUUCCAUAUGCUGAAGAACUCAGAAUUACAAAAAGGUGCAUCGAUUCAUUAGCUGUUAAGGCAUGUACUGAUCCGAACCUGUUUGGUUGGCCUGUGAUGGAGCACGUUGGCCCCUUGCAGAGUCCUGGAGGGAGUAUCCUAUGGAAUGGAAUAAGCACUGGAGCUAGGCCAAAACAUUCAAGUUCAGAUUGGUGGUAUGAGGAUGCAUCAACUUUAAGUUUACCUCUUUACAAGAGGCUAAUUUCUGCUAUGGAAUCUCAAGGCGUCAAACAGGAUAUUGUUGCUGGUUCCCUCAGUUAUUAUGCUAAAAAGUACCUGCCUGGGCUAAACAGGCGGCAGACCUCUUCUGAGUCCACUAACCGACUUGCACCAGUUGGUUUAGGUUCUUCUCUAUCAGAAGAAGAUCAGAAGCUUUUACUUGAAGAGGUGGAUAAUUUACUUCCCAUGCAAAAAGGCCUAGUUCCAACUAAAUUCCUCUUUGGCCUACUGAAAACAGCUUUGAUUCUUCGAGCCUGUCCCUCUUGCAUAUCAAACUUGGAGAAAAGGAUAGGAAUGCAGCUUGAUCAGGCCACUCUAGAAGAUCUCUUAAUGCCUAAUUUCUCUUACUCGAUGGAAACACUUUAUAAUGUUGACUGCGUACAGAGAAUUCUAGAGCACUUCUUAGCCAUGGAUCAAGGAACUGGUGGUGAAUCACCUUGUUCCAUUGAUGAUGAGCAAUUGAUUGGUUCACCAUCUCUGACACCAAUCACUAUGGUGGCAAAACUAAUCGAUGGAUAUCUUGCUGAGGUUGCCCCAGAUGUUAACUUGAAGCUUCCCAAAUUUCAGACUCUUGCUGCUUCUGUUCCUGAAUAUGCAAGGCCCUUGGAUGAUGGCCUUUAUCGUGCAAUUGACAUUUAUCUCAAGUCACAUCCAUGGUUGGGAGAAUCUGAUAGGGAACAACUCUGCAGGCUCAUGGAUUGCCAGAAACUCUCCUUGGAAGCUUGUACACAUGCUGCACAGAAUGAACGGCUCCCUUUAAGGAUUAUAGUACAAGUACUCUUCUUUGAACAGCUGCAGUUGAGAACAUCCAUUGCAGGAUGCUUCCUAGUGUCUGAAAACCUUGAUGAGGGGUCAAGGCAGUUAAGAAGUGGCACGGUGGGACCAAAUGAGGGGGGCUGGGCUACUGCUGUGAGAGAAAACCAGGUGUUGAAGGUGGGAAUGGAUAGUAUGAGGGUGCGCGUGUCAGAGCUCGAGAAGGAGUGCUCAACCAUGAGGCAGGAGAUUGAGAAGUUGGGUCGAUCAAAGGGAUCAAGCACUUGGGGAAAUGUAUCCAAGAAGUUUGGUUUCAAGAUGAAAUCUCAAAUGUGCAGUGCUCAGGAGGGAUCUGUUAGUAACCAGAACAAGAUAAAUAGUAAGGCUAUAAAGGAUGACAAGGCAAAAGAAAACUAUCGAAAGCACUAGAAAAACUUAUCGAUAGAUGAAUGAUGAAUUAUUCUCUGUUUCUCUAUUCUUUGAAGGAUCUUGGCUUGCUUCUGUUUAGUUUAAGUUUCUCCAGUUUCUGUCAUAUAUGUCGAGUAGUUUCUUUGACAAUCUGGUCUACGUAGACUACAUACAAUUAACAUCAUCAAGUGUAUUUUAUGUAUCUUAUCUA